AUGUCGCCUCCUUACACACCACGCGGGACAUCUCCUGACUCGGACCUGACACCCCCAAAUAAUCCGUUCGGUACAAAUCCGUUCGACACUGAUAAUGAUUCGAGCGCGGCUCCUUCGCUCGCAAGCGACUCGACCUUCACUGUGAAUGCCAUCGGACAGUCGUCGCCACGCGACGCCCACUCAGCAGAUAGGUCGGGCCAGAGAUCGAGCUGGGCCGACUCUUCCAACCAUCGCCUGAGCAGGCCUGAAAUCGAGCCUUCACCUUUGGCCAGAGAAGUCCCGAUAUACAACGAAAAGGUUCAGCAGAACGAGUCGUCCGAUGCGGAUAUUGAGGCCAGCCAUGUUCCGCCCGUUGUGUCUGAUCCCGAAAAGGCAAACGAGACGCACACGACGGCUCUCCCGCCUUCAUCGGGUGCGUCGUUUCCCAAGCGAGUGUAUAACCGCUUUCGCGCAACCUACUGCCCCAAGGAGGAACCACCUCUCGUCCUACCCGUCUGCCCAAAUGACACGGAAAAGCUCAACUACAUUCACACCAACCGGAUUCUCCUUUACAUAUUUGGCGUUUUCUCGUUUCUUUCGCUCGGCGCUGGUAUGUGGCUGUUCGCGCUCUCCGCUCCGGCAUUCUACUGGUAUGGCGUGUUUGCGGGUGCGAUGUGUAUCUACCUUCUGGUUUCGUACGCCGUUGGCAUCAUUGGAAGGGACUGGGACUACAAGGCUCAUCUGGAGCUGGUUGAGCGUUUUCCCAUCACCGAGGAGAAUGCCCCGACCGUCGACAUCUUUCUCCCUUGCUGCUCCGAGCCGGUCGAGAUUCUUGAGAACACCUACAAGCACAUUGUCAACAUCGACUGGCCUGUUUCCAAGCUUCAGGUCCAUGUCAUGGAUGACGGUGCCUCCGAGCCCGUCCGCUUGCUCGCCGAGAAGUACGGCUUCAACUACUCUGUUCGCGACGACCGCCCUCGCCUCCGAAAGGCAGGCAACCUGAGAUGGACGUUCGCCAAGACCAACGGAGACUUCUUUGCUAUUUUCGACGCGGAUUUCUGCCCCCGCCCCGACUUCCUCAAGGAGUUGAUGGUGGAACACUUGGGUGACGAUAAGACGGCCCUUGUUCAGAGCCCCCAGUACUUCCGUGUCACGGACGACCAGACGUGGGUUGAGCAGGGGGCGGGUGCCACACAGGAACUGUUUUACCGUGUCGUCCAGGUCAACCGCAACCGAUGGGGAGCGUCUAUCUGUGUUGGAAGUAACGCGCUUUACCGCCGCGAAUCUCUCGUCGACGUCGGUGGAACGGCCGAGAUUGGUUUCUCGGAAGAUGUCCAUACUGGUUUCGGCGCCGUUGACCGUGGCUGGAAAGUCAAGUACAUCCCUCUCUGCCUUGCCACCGGUGUCUGUCCGAAUUCCCCUCGCGCCUUUUUCUCUCAGCAGAUGCGCUGGGCUCGCGGUUCCACGACUCUCCUCACCAACGGCCACUUUUGGGUUUCCAACCUGACUUUGAUGCAGAAAAUCUGUUACCUUUCAGGUUUCAUGUACUACAUGGCUGUUUCGCUCAACAUCUUCCUCGCACCUAUCGCCGGUACUCUCCUGCUCGCCGUCCGCCCUCAGUGGUUCAAGUUCUGGAAUCUGGCAUUCGCCAUCCCCUCCAUUCUCUACGGUAUCAUUUUGAUGCGUUGCUGGGCCAAGGCAAAGUAUGGCUUCAACGUGCAGCACUCCAUGACGAUUAUGAGCUACGCCUACCUCACCGCCAUCAAGGACCGUCUUUUCAACAUUGAACUUCUCUGGGCCGCGUCCGGUGACUCCAAGGCCCAUAAGAGCAACAAGUACCGAAACAUGCGCCUUCUCUGCAUUUUCUGGAACCUCACCGUCACUGGUGCCAUGAUCGGUGUCGUUACAUGGCGCAUCGUCACUGGUUUCACCUGGUACCAUCCGAUACCGCUCAUCAUCAUCAACCUUUACAACCUCUUCAUCAACCACUACUUUAUGCUCUGCGACUGGUAG